UCUCGCUUAUCCAUCUUCUUCUCUUUCCCUCUCUCUCUCUGAAAUCCCCAAAUUCAAACCUCCACUCUCCAAUGGCGACAAUGGUCUGUCAUCGGAGCCUUCAACCAUGUGUAGACUCUCAAUUCAUCGAGACUACCUGGCCUCACAUCAAAUUCAAAUCUCAAAUCCCUCCGCCUUUUGAAUUCGCCGCUUUCAAAUCCUGUUUUCUCGAUCUCGAUUCUUCCAAAUCCCUAAACCAAUGCGACGAUGUUAAUCACAUUCUUUCUAAUUACCACAACGCUACUAACUCUCUUCUUCCUCUUCCUCCUUCCGAUGCUCCGAAGAAAUCCGACGACGUCGUCCGCCGUGAAGCCAAAUCUCCAAUGGCGACCAAGGAAUUAGAAUCCGCCUACGUUCAUCCGCUCGUCAAGCGCUCUCGUUCUACUCUGAGCGAUAAGAGCUUGGCGCUCUGUACUGAAAAUUUAGGCAACGAGACUGGAGCGGAUUUUCUCGAGGAGGACGCUGUUUUCUCCGAUCUGAAAAUCGAGCGAUCUUCGACGAGGAAGCGAGUGAAAUCGGAUAAUCAAGGUAACAAGAAACUAUUUCCACCGCCUCUAACGACAAUCGCCGGCGAGGAUUCGAUUCGAGUACGGUCGUAUCGCGAAGACGGAAGGUUGAUAAUGCAGGCGGUGAAGGCUCCGUCGAGGCUCUCGUAUUUCCAUGCCGAACGAAGCCAGGGCCGCCUUCGACUGAGCAUUUUGAAAAGUAGUACUCCCAAAGCUGACUCCAAUGAAGAAAGUACGGAAAAGGAAGUUGAAAUUAACACACCAAACGACGACGUUGAAGCGGUGGGCAAGAAAAGUAAUUAUGAGGAAAAUACGAGGAGGAAAGUGGAAGAAAAUGGAAAUCUCAGAGGGGCGGAAAUGGAAAUAGAAAAACUUGAGAUGAUGCCAUGCAAGGCCAAACAGGCGGGUAAAAAUCAUAAUAUUGACGAAAAUAAAAACCAUACCGAAAUGUUAUUAUUUACUCGGGAGGCCCUCUCCAUUUGGGUCUGUACUUCUUAAUUAAAAAUUAAUAUUAAUUUUUAAUUUUUGGAUCA